AUGAGGCAGGAGGGGAUUCCUGGGCAGCCGGCUGGAUUUGGCGCUAGAGAUGGUGAAGGGUCUGCAGGUCUGACAGAGUUUCAGUACAAGGUCGUGGAGUCUGACUAUUGCCGGUAUGUGGGCAAGUGUUCUGUGUUCGGGAAUGGGUGCACAUGGUUGAUUCGCUUGAGUCUCCGACAGCGCAAGGAUCUUUGGGAGGUCAAACGGUACAACGGACCACAUACGUGUCUCGCCACCUCCAUCUCCAGUGACCACAGGAGUUUGGAUUACCAUGUGAUAUCGGCAUUCAUUAUGCCAAUUGUUAAGGAUGAUGCAUCCGUCAGCAUCAAGGUGCUCCUAAAUGCCACCGCCGCACACUUUGGGUUUAGGCCGACAUACAAGAGGGUCUGGUUGGCCAAGCAAAAGGCUAUUUCCCUCAUCUAUGGUGACUGGGAUGAGUCAUACAACGAGCUCCCAAGGUGGGUGUUAGGAGUCCAGUUGAUGAUGCUUGGUACUGUUGCAGUCCUUAGGACGAGUCCUGUUCGUGUCGGUGUACAGCUGGGCGAGUCUCAAGCUUAUUUUCACAGACUAUUCUGGACAUUUCCACCGUGUAUCGAGGCAUUCCAUCAUUGCAAGCCCCUAGUUAGUAUUGACGGCACCCAUCUCUAUGGCAAGUAUGGGGGAACGUUGCUUGUCGCGAUUGCACAGGACGGGAACUCCAACAUACUCCCUGUGAGCAUUAGUCGAGGGCAUAACGGCAUCAAGGCUGCGCUUGAGGCUCCUGACGGAGGAUGGUUACCUCCGUCUGUAUACCGGGCAUUCUGCAUUCGACAUGUAGCGGCAAAUUUCGCCCUAACCUUCAAGGGCAAAGACGCAAGGAAGCUACUUGUGAAUGCGGCGUAG